AUGUUCGACUUCAUCCUGCAGUGGAUCCAUCAAAUCCUCGACCAUGCACUGUCGACAGCCAAACUCGUCCAAACCGGGCAGGUAGGCUGGAAGACACUGAAUCGCAAAACAGGCCGCUAUGAGCGCGAACAACAGCCCAUAUGGAAAAAGAUCAAGCUCUGGAUCCUCUUCAGCCGUCCUAUUGAAUGGGUGGACCGCACGCAAUUGAUCCGGCUCUGGAUCCACGAGAAGACCAUCAAAGCAGGGAAAGAAGAAGGCACCCCGGCGUCUGCACGUCAGAUCCAGGCCUUUGUGGAUUAUUACCACGUCAACAUGGACGAGUUCACACCCUCCGACAUCCACGAAUAUCGCACCUUUGAGGACUUUUUCGUCCGACAGCACAAGCCUGGCUCUCGUCCUAUCUUCGAACCGGACGAUCCCACACGGGCUGUGGUCGUUGCCGACUGUCGGCUGGUGGUCUACCCGACCGUCGCCCAGACCAAGCAGCUCUGGAUCAAAGGGCGGAACUUCACCAUAGGCAACCUGAUCUGCGACGACGAGGCCGCCAGAUCAUGGCACAACGGCGCCAUCGCGAGCUUCCGCCUGUCGCCCCAAGACUACCACCGCUACCACUCCCCCGUCGACGGCACAAUCGAGUGGUACAAACAGAUCCCCGGCGAAUACUACCAGGUGGACCCGUUGUGCCUGCGCAGCGACAUCGACAUUUUGACCACGAACGCGCGGUGCGCCGUGUGCAUCAACUCGCAGGAAUUCGGCAAGGUGCUAUUUGUGGCCAUUGGGGCAACCAACGUCGGCACCGUCGAGAUCAACCCCAAGUGCCAGCAAGCCGGGUCUUUGGUGCGCAAGGGCGACGAGGUCGGCCUGUUCCAGUUCGGCGGCUCGAGCAUCAUCGUGGCUUUUGAGGAGGGCCGCAUCCAGUUCGACGAGGACCUCCUCAGCGUGAGCCGCCACUUGAUCAUGAUGGAUGUCGAGGUGGGGAUGAGCCUCGGACGUGCCACGCAGAAGAGAUGA